AUAAAUUUAAUAUUUAAAGCAUAAUGGGAAAUCUUUGUGCCGGUGGAGAAGGAGAGACUAAGGAUGAAGUAUCUAUGAAGGAUAAGGAGCAUAAGAAGGAAAAGAGAGAGAAAAGAAGCAAGUCCAAAGAUAGAAAGAGCAAGGAUAGAUCAAAGGGCAAAGAUAGAAAGCACAAGAAGGACAAGAAGAAAUAAUUUCUUAUAUCGAGGUUCCACUCUGUGUAAAAGAGAAAUUAGCCAAACUCCUAGUUUCCAUAAUGCUUCAAACCUUAGUUCAACCCCAUUCCUAGAAACAUUAAAUUUGAGAUUUGGUUCAUUCAUAGUUUACAAUGGUUCUGACCAUUUGGUAGUUUUCUUUCUGUUCCGUUGGCUAAUAUGUGUAGCCACAAUGGGAAACCAUCGGGGUAUAUCUUUCUUUCUGCCAUGUUCUGAAUAG